GUGGGCUCUCGCGCAUCGCCCAUCGCUCAAUCCGAUUCGAACGGCCAGCGAAGGCGAACGUGCGGCUAGCGAACUCGCGCGUCCGAGCAAGCGUGGUGUGUGGACAGAGUUUUGGCAGUGUGUGGUUACGUGCGUGGUUUCAUCGUGCUGAAGAAAUACUCGAAACUAUCCCAAUUCCGUUUGAACAAUUCAAACACUUUGUCGCGUGAGCCAGCCAAGAAACCCGAACCCGAGAAGAGUUUUCGGGGUGCUCCUAAUCGAAACCUGUUUGCUGGUGUUGUUUGUGUGGAUCGAAAUUGUGCGAUCUUCCCCAUUCUAUAUUGAGUUUUAUAGGUGGAUUUGUGGUGAAACAAGUUAUUGGCCGGUACGGGCUCAGAAGUUGUGUGCCAGUUUCGGGAGUUUCGGGAUUUUCGACCGGUCGGAAGUUCCUGCUUCUCCAGUGCGAAACGGGAGUGAGAGUGAGUCGGUGAGUCGUUUCCGCGUGUGGGUGUAAGUGUGUCUGUGACCGCAAUAUCUUGUCUGGGGAAUUCUUGAAUUUCUUGCCCAAAACAAAAUCGAAGAUAAUCAACCCCGACAGCGCCCCACAAGCAAAGUUAGCGACGCGGGCUCGUGAGUGAUCAACAGCAGUGUGUGUGAUCUUACCGGUUAGAAGGGGCAUCUUUGCCGGGCAAGAUAGGAAAUAAGAGAAACCGGACUCGCUCGCUGACCUGCGAUAGAAAGGCUGUGGUGUACAUAACGCGAACAGAGAAGUGUUUGAAUUUCCCGAAUCGAGCCCGUUCUUCCAAAAAUUCCACACCGGAACAGGUUUCGGUAGACAGAACCGCUGUCUGUAUGCAAAAAAAACCUUUAUCUUCGGAAGCUGUGGACGAUUUUUAGCGUGUGCUUUGGCGGGAUAAAGAUGGACUGCAGGUAGGCGCGAGAAGGAGAAGUGGAAGCGGUAGGAGGCAAAAAAGGUACAUAUUCCCUCAGUUCCGCGUGUCGGUGGUUCAGUACGGUUCGAGACGCGAGCAAGGAUGCAUGCGGCCAGGAUAGUAGCCUGCCUGCUCGUCCUGUUCGGUGUGCGGUCCAGUGUGUGCAGUUUGCCGUGCGAUUUCAUAGAUUCGGUCAACAUUACCGAUGGCGAACGGUUGCCGAAUGAUGAGAUCCGGCACAACGGUGUGAUCUACAACAAGACGUACUACCGGGUGAUUGAUUACGACUACCAGGACUUUGCUACGAAAAGGUACGUGCCGAACUAUGUGCGCGGCUGCCUGUGCGCGGUGCGGAUCUGUGUGCGGCUGUGCUGCGGCGAGCACGAGUAUCUCGGCAAGCGGUGCACGCACACGGACGACUAUCUGCCGAUCCUGGUGAACGUGAGCGCGACGGAAGCGGUCGAUCUGCGGAACCAUUCACUGUACGGGUUCCUGUACGGGAAGCCGUGCGAGCAGGUGUACGAGCUGCUGCCGGAGGAAAGCUCGGCCGACGAGUGGAGCAUCGCGAGGAACGGCAGCCUUAUCAUUGCGGACGAGCUGCUUAUCCCACGGAACCAGUACUGCCUAGCGCCGAGACAGAAUAAUGGCUUCGCUUCCGGACUCGUCUGCUUCACCACGAACGAAGAAUUCAAGUACAAUCUUUAUCCGGUCGGCAUGCUGCUGUCCGUUCCGUUCCUGCUGCUCACCUUCUUCGUGUACGCCUGCAUACCGGACCUGCGGAACAUGCACGGCAAGUCGCUGAUGUGCUACGUGCUGGGCUUGAGCGUCGGUUACACCGUACUGUCGAUGGUGCAGCUGCGUGUCUUCCCCGGGUUGAGCGCGUCCUGCGUAAUCUCCGGGUACAUCGUUUACUUCUCGUUUAUGGUCAGCUUCUUCUGGCUGAAUGUGAUGUCGUUCGACAUUUACUGGACGUUCAAAGGCGUCACGGGUGUUCGCAGCUCGGAAACGAAGAAAUUUCUCCUGUACUCACUGUACGCCUGGGGCUGCCCGAUCCUGCUGGUAGCGACGGCAAUUAUAGCGGAUUACACCGACAUCUUGCCGAUCUAUUUGCGGCCCCAGUUUGGUACGACCAGGUGUCUCUUUGUUGAAAACAAGCUGAUUGAAUUCCUGUAUCUGUACAUGCCGCUGCUGAUUCUGGUGUUUAUGAAUGUGGUGUUUUUCGUCAUUACUGCGCUGCGUAUCUACAAGAUACAGUGCGAAACUUCGGUGGUGCGCCGGGGUGACUCGAAACGGCACACCAAACUUGACAACGACCGCGAUAGAUUCGGACUCUACCUGCGACUGUUUAUCGUGAUGGGAGUCACCUGGUCGCUGGAGAUUAUCUCCUGGGCCGUCGAUAAUAAUGCCUGGAUAUUUUACGUCUCGGACGUGUGUAACUGCAUUCAAGGAUUUCUCAUUUUCGCCCUGUUUGUGUUGAAGCAGAAAAUUAAACGAUUAAUCUACAAAAAGUUCGGCAUUCGGGAAAUCCGACAGGAGCAGAAGACGUCAUCGUGCAGUACGCGAACAACGGCCACCAUGGUUUCGUCCUACCAGGAGUCCAAGUCGGACAACCCGCUGGUUACGCGUGAGUCGAACGUGAUGAUGAUGUGCGGUGAAGUGACGCAACGUGUGCCUUCUUAUCGGGGCAUGAUAAAACCACGUCCGGCACAGCGGCGGCACUGUUGGUGGUGGCAUUCGAUGGCAUUGCUUUGCCUGGGGACGCUGUUCCUCCGUAUCGGUGACGUCGCUGCAGCAAAAACUCCCUGCCCGUUGGUGGAGUCCGUCGAUAUUAGCAACGGCGUGGAGAAUGCGGACGGUUCCAUCGAGCUGGAUGGCGUUCGGUACGGGUCCAAUCAGUACUUUCGCGAUGCCAACUCAACCGUCCGCGGAUGUGUGUGCCUGCUGCGCCAGUGUCUGCACAUCUGCUGCCCAAUGGGGUCGCCCGAAGGGGAACCCUGUCCACCGGUGGCGCUGAACGUGAACUUCUCCAUGACACCGGACGGGACGGUGCACGAUGUGCGCAAUCUGCUGGACAGCUCGAGCUACCAUCUGCUUUACUUCAAUCCGGAAUGUUCGGGCGCGCUGCUAACACUGUACGGGGACGAGUACAUCGUGCGAUCGGACGGAUUGCUGGCGUACGGUGCGUCGACGUACGACUAUCGGCACUACUGCUUGCAAGCCGACGAACCGACCGCACUCGCCGGCUACUGUGAAACGGUGGACGUACUCGCGAUGCAUCGCAUGUACUCGAUCGGCAUCAUCCUGUCGCUUCCCUUCCUGGUGGCAACGUUCGUCGUGUACGCCCUGCUGCCCGAGAUGCAAAACAUCCCCGGCAAGUCGCUGAUGUGCUACGUGGCGUGCCUGACCGUCGGCUACCUGCUGCUGGCGCUGAUGCGCUUCAGCGUGUACAGCUACCGGUCGGGCUGGUGCGUCGCGACCGGGUAUCUGGUGUACGCGGCCCUGCUCGCCAGCUUCUUCUGGCUGAACGUGAUGGCGUUCGAUAUUUUCUGGACGUUCGGGGGCAGCCGGGGCCGGUCGAGCGAGCGGCGCAAGUUCCUGUACUACAGCCUGUACGGGUGGGGUGCACCGCUGGCGAUCGUGGCGCUCGUAGCCCUGCUGGAUAACACCGAGUUCGUACACGAGUCGAUGCGGCCCCAGAUCGGUGCGGAGCAGUGCUUUGUCAGCACGGAGAUGCUGAUUGGGUUCCUGUACAUGUAUCUGCCCAUGUUGCUGCUCGUCAGUGCAAAUGUGGCGUUCUUUGCCGUGACGGCGUACCGCAUCUUUCGCAUGGAGCAGGCGACCGCUUCCGCCCUGUCUGGGGAAUCCCGGCGCCACACCAAGCACGAGAAGGAUCGCAACAGAUAUAGUUUGUAUUUGCGGCUGUUUAUCAUCAUGGGCGUGACCUGGACGGUGGAGUUCGUUACCUGGCUGGUGCGCGAACCGUCCUGGCUGAUCUAUCUGGUCGAUAUCUGCAACUGUCUGACGGGCAUCUUCAUAUUCGUGCUGUUCGUGUGGAAGCAAAAGGUGAAACAGCUGCUGCUGAAACGAUUCGGUUUCUCCCAGGCCUCCGCCAGUCGGAACGAUCAGCACACCAACAGCACCAUCAGCACGACGCGUACGACCGACCUGAAGGCAAACGCGGAGACGCGCCUGACGGAUGUGACUCACGGGAAUUGAUGGAAUGUUUACGCAAUGGACGCGAGCACAACGCACCGACCGAGCGACCGACCGGCUGCAGCAGUUAAUGUAUUCGCGAAAACCGCGGGCUAAUGUACUGCCGUCUUCAAUUGGUGAUCGACCAUUGUUUCAUGUACGGAUGAUGAUUGACCAUUAGGCGUGUGAGCAUGGCCAUGACCACCAACCUUAACUGGCAAUCAGUGCAAGUGUAUUGCUGUUUGCAUUUUUUAUGGCACAUUUCGUCUGAUCUUUUGGGGAAGGUUUAAGUGUGUGUGUGUGGAGUGUGCGAAAUGAUGCAUCUUCGAUCACAUGACCUCAUUGUAUUGUAGGACUUUCCUUUCCUGUCGAUAUCGGACUUUCUACACAGAGCAACACAGUCAACUGUGACUACAUCGUUUUGAAAAAAAAAGUAUUAAAUUGAUGCAUCUUUUUUCUUCUUCUAUUUGGCUUAAUGUCCUACAAGGACUGACUGCUGGCCUAUAAUGGCUUUGGAGACUUAAUUCAGUAUAACAGUCCUUGGUACUUGGGGGACGAUCUUUUCUAGGAUCCAUUGGUCCCAUGACGAGCAUGUUAUUGAGUCGUACGAGUCGUACGUAAAAUAAUCCUAAAGUAUUCCAAAGUCACACGCAACACAAUUGGAAUAGCGAAUACUCAUGCAACAAACGGUAAAUCGAUAGGAACAAUUCAAACUGCUGAAAUAUUUCACACCUGCCUUGAAAUAUUUCAAAUCGAACCGGUCGAGCAACAGUUUCAUCGAUUUUCAUUUAAAAAUUUAACUCCAACCGUCAUUUCCAAUCAUGUUUUGGCGGGUGAUUUUGAUAAGAAGAACAAAAGAUAUGCAAAAAUACUUACCCUAUUGUAUGUUUAACUAUAAUCGACUAAAUUAUAUGAAAAGUUACUUAACGAGCAUCAAGCAUUUGAACAAUAGUUAUUCGAAAAUAGCUUAGUGUAAGACAUUCGCAAUGUACAUCAGUGUUAAUUCCGUGUACUCCUCAGAGUACUUCUAUCUACCUCUCUACAUCCAUAUUAAACUAUUCCAGUUAGAUACGCAAAGAAGUACAAGCGAUCGCACCAACAGCCACAAUGACUCACCAACAUGCAUGCAUUAAAAUGAUUCAUAAAUCUUGAUAUUUUCAACGCAUUAGGUAAACACAACCAUGCUGAGCCAGAUAACAACCAUCUGUUUGCUAGUAUGCGCGCUUUACAUUUUGUAUAUUUGGGUAUGUUUUGUGCGGCAUCGUCGCUGGUCGUUUGAACUCAACUACAAAACUGCUUUGUGCUUUGUGAAAUAGUGUAUGUUUAGUUUGCUAAUUUUACAACAACACAGCGUGCAAAGAGUAUUACAUCGAUGCAAAGAAUAGUAGUAUUGUGUUAAGCCGAAGAAUAAAUCUUAAAUUGUUCAAUGUCAA